GUUCCUGGCUAUGGCGGAUGAGAGCGUGAAGCUGCUGUGUGUGUGGUCCAGCCCCUACUCCAUGCGCGCGAUGCUGGCGCUGGAACUCAAGUCGAUCCCCUACGAGCGCGUCGAGCAGGACGUGAGGAGCAAGGGCGAGCUGCUGCUUCGAUCCAAUCCCGUGCACAAGAAAGUCCCAGUGCUGAUCCACAACGGCAGGCCAAUCGCGGAAUCCAGCGUCAUAAUAGAGUACAUCGACGAGCAGUGGCGCGAUCACGGCGAUGAGAUUCUUCCCAGGGAUCCAUACGCUCGAGCGCAGGAGCGAUUCUGGGCAGAUUUCGUGGAGAGGAAGAUCUUUGCAGAAUCGGCGAAUGUGGUGUUCCGGGCCACCGGGCAGGAAGAUUUCCUCGCCAGCUGCGGCAUUCUCGAGGAGGAGCUGCGCAAGAGCAAUCGCGCGCCCUAUUUCGGUGGCGCGAAGCUCGGGCUCGUUGACAUUGUCCUCGUCUCCACCGCGCUCUGCUCCAAAUCGCUCGUCGAGGUCGGGGGCCUGAGGCUGCCAUCGCGCGACGCCUGCCCGCGAUUCCUCGCCCUCCUCGACGCGAUCCGGGAGCACCCGCUGGUGCGCUCGUCGCUGCCAUCCCCGGACAAACUCCGCGACUUCUUCGCCACGGCAAUGCCAUGGAUAAAAAGCUUAUCUUAAACCCAAUGUGGGCGUUGAUGCUUUUAAUGGCGCGAGCUAAAGAUUUCUCCGCAAGAAUCGACCGCUUUUGGGGGCCAUAGAAGUUUAAAAGAAAAAGUUGGCGAAGCU